AUGAGCAUAAGAGAAGUGACUAGCCCGAUUGGCAUUGAUAAACAAUCGUCUUCAACAUGCGUAACGGGUUAUGAGGAAGAAAGACAGAAGAAGACAGCAACGGCAUCAACUCAUUUUUGGAAACAGACAAGCUGUACUAAUAUGGGGGAUUCAUCAAUACCAUCUUCCAUGGCUCAAGUAUCAGUGCUCUUUGAGAAAAGUAGCGUUGCCAAUUCAUUGGCCAUCAAUAACAAGAGAAGGCUUUCCGCUAUUGAUGAAAUCUGCAACAAAAAGAUGGGUAGAAAAAUGGAUACGGUGUAUGUUGCUGGCGACUUCGAGCUCGGAUGUUUAGAAAUGGGUGGAUAUUCCAAUCAAACAAAGGAAUGGAGGGACAGUCGAAUCAAGAUGGCUGUUGUCAAGAAGGACAUGCUUCUGAGGAUCAUUGACACAGCACCAGCCGUAAUCAAUGAUGUACACGUUAUUGGAUACAGCACCUGCACAAAAGGGUAUGUGACUCGAAUUAGACGCAAAAAGGAAAUGACAUAUCCAUCAAGCAGUACCGAUUAUAUUACAUGCAUGGUCCCCUUAUUACAUUUGGCAGCUGUGGGUAAAUCCAUCAUGGAAGAUACGCUCCAAAUCUUCCACCGCACUCGUCGAUCAUUGACUCUUUCGAUUCCUCAUUCACAUCCAGUAUUACCUCCGUGCUUUUCACCAUCAUCAAGAGUAUCGUGCAAAUCCCCUUCCUCAAAAGCAUCCCAAAAAGAAAAAGGAAAUGAAGGGUCAAGGCAUAAAUAA